UGUAUUGCCAAGCUUGCACCAUUGCACUGGAUAAGGGAGUGAUUUUAUCACGGGUUGUGGUACCUAAACCAAAACUUACAACAUCAGGGAAAAAGUUAUAAAAAAACCUAAGACCAUCCCAUGAAAUCAGACAAGUCUUUAAAGAGAAAAAUCCACACUAGCUUCAGGUCUCAACCUGUUCAGCUUUUUGGAAACAAUUUUUUGACUCAGUUUCAACCUUUAAUAAGAUGAAGUUCAUGACGAUCUUUCUUGUGAUGUCCCUGGUCGUCCUGAUGGCUGAACCUGGAGAGUGUUUUUUUAAGUCGUUAUGGAAAGGCGCCAAGGCUGCAUUCCAUGCUGUCCGGCAAGGAUUUAAAGGGUACAAAGGCCAACGCGCACAGGAUAAACUGGGAGGGAAUCAACAGGACAUGCAGAACCAGCAAACGCAAGACGCCCCCCCACAAGCAUAUCAGCGCUGAUUCUAUUCAUCUGAAGAUAUAUAAACCUUAAGGAUUCAACUUUUUGCUCUCAUAGUAAUCAAAAAAGGAUUAAAUUAUAAGGCUCCUGGAUUGCUAUCGUUCCAUGAUCUAGAAAAGAGGCAUACCAUAUUUAGUUUUCUGUGAAAAGCAAAAUGCUUUGAUUCCUGAAAAUUCCUUAAUUAAUAAACUUGCAAUUGUA